GCAUGUUUUUACCGCACUAGAGAAAAAUGAAUACAGCGUGUGUGCUAUUUAUUGUGUUUUUCUUGUUUCUGGCUGAAAAUUUUGUUUGUUCAGUUGUUUGUCCAGAUAAGUGUCGGUGCUCUACUUAUGACUCACAGAUGACCCAAGAGCUAGUCGUGGAUUGUUCAUUCGCAAACUACUCAGUGUUUCCUAGGCUUCUUCCAAAAGCACAGAUUGCCAAUUUUUCCUCAAACAGUUUAGAAUUUCUGGAUGAAUCGGCGUUCCGUGGAAGCCAGUAUUUGAAAACCAUCGAUUUAUCGGGCAAUAAAAUACGACAACUUGGGCCGGAACUAUUCAACGGUUUACACAACUUGCAGACAGUAUUUCUAAACAAUAAUGACCUUUCUUUUUUCAAUUGGCAUGUUUUCGAUAGAUACAUUUCCCCUGGUCAGAGCCUCGCCAGCUCAGAGCUGCGUCGCAUCAAUCUCAACGACAACCCGUGGCACUGCAAUUGUCCACUAAAACUAGUCUGGAACAAACUUGAAACCCUCCAAGGAGUCGAGUUCGAGCCUUUAGUCUGCUUUUCGCCUUCAAACUUAAACGGUCGUCGAAUCGCAGACUUGAAUGACUUAUGCGACGACAAAAUGAGCAUCCACGAUAUUAUCAUAAUAGCAUUAGCGAUUUUUUGCUCGAUUCUUAGUGUAAUUUUUACAUUUUGGGGCCAAUUGAAGGGUUGUAUUUGUAUGUGCAGACAAUCGACAGCAGAAGUUCCGCUUGAGCGCAUCUCAAAAUCUUCUGAUAAUCCUGCGCGUAGUCGAGAUUUGAAUGAUUAUAACCGUUUUGAUAUUUCUGUGAAUCAAGAAUACGCAAGCAGUAACUAUGAUUAUUUUGAUGGCAGUGGAUCCGACGUGUAUUCCGACCACAUAGCGGCGAACAGUAAUUAUGUUCCAAUUGAGAGGCGAGAGAGUCGAAUCAGACCUGGUUCACAACCUAGCGGCGGCGGUCAGUUUAGUCCAAGAGGGAGUCAGUUUAGUCCAUCGCGGCCGACCAUAGCUCCGUACAGAGAGAGCUUCAGAAGUGUUUCGGUUGACCAGAGGUACAACAUGCCGGUAUCAGUUUCGAUUCCGGAAGCUCCGCUAGAGUCACAUCGUCGUUUGCCGAGUUUCAAGGAAACCAGUAUAUGAACAGUCAAAAAUUGCGCAAACGAUUAUUGAACUGUUGAAUUUUCAUUAUUAAAGAAAUGUACACGAAAAAAAUGAUUGAAUUAAAAUGAUGUUUGUAAAAUUUCUACCAGCAAGAAAAUUAAAAACAAAGUUAGAA